CGGGUUCGCUUUCCGUUGCAUGCCCUCGAGGUACUUUUGGCAGCCGUCUUCGAUUACUGUGCGGUCCUGCAAACGCAACAGACGAUGCGACCACUCUUGAAACAACGAUAACCAUGGGCGCGUCGUCGCAUGGUAGUAGCCACAUGAAUCAUGUCGGAUUUGGAUGACCUGGUCGGGGCUCCCAUCUCGAGGAAUACCUCUUUCAACUGGACCUGGUUCAUCGAACUCGCCACCUGCUCUUGCUUGACGCUCUUCUUUCUCUUCUACUUCAAUCGCCUGUUCGCAACCCUCGUUUCUUACGGGCUGCGAGCCUUUACUUGGCACAAGUACCGAGUCUGGAUUGACAUUCAAGCACUUCAGCUAUCCUUCUUAGCUGGUCGAAUCUUCUUCAAGGGCAUCCGCUAUCACGCCGAGAAUGAAACUGUCCUGAUCCAGCAUGGCUACAUCACUUGGAGAUAUUGGCAAUCUUCCUCGCGACAGGUAGAUCUGACAGGGUCGGAAUUGGAAGAGGAGGACUCUGUGCUCAAGGAACAGAAAUUGUCACCUGUGGACGGAUCUGAGGAGUCGGAAACCCCCUUUCAAGACCCCGAGUAUGGCCGUUUCAGGAGGAAAACGAUUGCGGACGCCCGGAUCUCGGCCCAUAUUUCUGGCUUGGAAUGGUUUGUAUACAACAGAACGCCCGUAUACGACUCCAUUGUCGAAGAUGUCUUGAACCAUGAUCUCAAGGACGGUGGCCCACAGAAUCAUACUACCGGGCAGAAACACGAACACAAGCUGGGCAAGCUGCAUCUCCGUAGGGACAAGGCAAGGCCUCAUUCGAAAGAAGCUACUUCCAGCGACAUCUCCGCGGACAGUCCGCUUAGCGAAAAGGCUGACCGAAUCUCACCAUCGAGCGAUUUCGCUGUCCCUAUCGUACGGGCUGAUACCUACGCCAGUGUGGCCCCGGACACAGAGCGACCCACUGCAGAUAUACCGUCCUUUUAUCCCUGGAUUCUGCGAGCCCUGCCAAUUGCUGUCGAAUGCUCAAAGGGGGCAAUAUCGCUUGGAAAUGAGAACACACGGGCGUUAGUCGUCACCACCUUUGCAGCCGCCAAAGGUCAUAUUGAUGCAAGCGCGUCGAGGUCGUCGGAUUUCUUCCGGCAGGUGUUCGACUUUACUAUUGACCAUCCCAAAGUCGAAAUGAAACCUAACCCUGACUUUCGCAGAACUCAGUAUGUCGCUGCGGAGAGGAUAAUAUCAGCUGCAGAGUCUCUGAACUAUCGACGACGCUGGUGGCAAGUGAACUUCGGUUUGAGGCGCAGAAUCGGUAAGGCUUUCCGUGGUCUCAAGCGUCUUCUGCCAGGCUUAGGCAGCUCAAGGGGCUCGCUACGGACCACUGCAUCGCAAGACGGUGAAACCAAGAAGCACUAUCCCUAUGACGAGUUCCAGAAUGAGAAUCGAUCGUGGCAUGGGCUCGGCAGGUAUCUAGAUGAGGAUGAGCGCGACGAUCACGAAGGCUGGUCUCAUGUGGAAUAUGCCAGGUUUUCACAAAUCCUGGACUCGCCGGCGGUUCACUUCAAGUUCUUCUGGGAUAUGCCGGGGAAGGUUUCAGAAGAAGAUGUGGAUCUGGCCCGACACGCACAUGUUGACGAUAUCAACAUGUCGAAGCCACCGGCCUACGGGAUGGACCUCACUGUCAAAGGUGGCUUUGUAAACUACGGCCCUUGGGCCGACCGCCUUCGCAUUGAAAUCCAGUCAACGUUUUUCCCAAACCCCUAUCGAUCAGUGUCGCCAGCUCCACCUGUCAAAGUAGGCGACGUGCGGCAAUACACGGUAAUGACAAUACGCGUUGACCUUGAAGAUGAAGUUAGCCUCCGUGUACCGACGAAAGAACGCUCGAAAGAUUGGCAGUGGAGAAACAGAGCGCACGCGGUCAGGGAAGCUGCCGCCGUACGGAAGCAACGUGAAAAGAGACAUUUUCGAUUCCGUCGCUCGCCCAAGACAAAACUUGGCCCGGAUAUCCGCCCAUUCGGCUGGUUGACCGUCUCAGCAGGACAGGAUUCGACGGUGCGAUACGACAUGGACAUGGUCCCGCGACCAGAAGGCUACAGAAAUCACCUGCGACUUGACCUCAAGCACACGAAAGCUACUUCUAGCGUCAAUCAUGCAUUGCUCUGGCGUUGUCCCUCACAGAAGGUUUCAUGUGACCUGUCCAACCCUCUGGUGUGGAACGCCCUUCACACCUGGGUUUUUGACAUUGAAAGCAGUGCCAUGGAGAUGUUCAUCUUGAGAGACCACAUGAUUCUGCUAACAGAUCUUGUUAGCGAUUUUACAGCAGGCCAGAAGCCGGACUACAUGACCUUUGUACCUUUUGUCUAUCGACUCCACUUGGCGUUUCCGGAUCUCAAGCUCUAUCUCAAUGCAAACGAUUACAACAUUAUUGACAACCCAUGUGACCUUGAAGAAAACGCAUUCUUAGUCCUAGGAUUUCAGUCGCUGGCUGGAAAUGUGGAUAUUCCCAUGCAGUACUUCUCGCCUCGUCAAAGCAGCGUCAAAUUCAUUGGCGAGGGCCAUAAUGCAUCCCUGGAACUCAUCACACCGGUGUGGAAUACGAUCAAUACUCUUGCUGAGGACACAACGAUGAUGACCCUCAAGCUGCUGAAUCUCGAGGGGUCUUACAACUACUACCCCAAUGUGUCUCCCGGCUUGACAGAUUCUCUGUUCAUGACCAUUACAGGGUAUGCGCCCAAGUUCUUUUUGCAUGGGUAUCUCAUCCGCUAUUUUGUGAAUGUCAAGGAGAACUACUUUGGUGAAGAUCUGCAUUUCAGGACAUUGGAGGAGUACCAGGACAUGUUAGCUGGUAACGAGCUCCAGCGACCGCGACCAAGCAGCAAAAAAGACAAUGACCUCGAUGUCAUUUUGACUAUUCGAGCCGAGAACUCCUGCGUGCUGUUACCUGCGAACAUUUAUUCGCAACGAGAAAACGUCCGUGUGGACAUCCUUCUUGUCGAUGCCGACAUGCGCUUUACCAACUACUACAUGGACCUACAGGUUAGCUCGAGUCCGCUCGAGGCCUCGCUUGAGUCUAUAACCGUUAAGGGAAACGAUCCAUCAAGCGCAAUCACGAAUUGCCAGUUAUUCAUUAAUGGUGCCUGCGUGUACGGCCAUAGACUUUUUGGGGCACCCCCUUCGGAGCCCACGUACGCCUGUCAUUGGGAUAUUGACGUUGGCGAGAUCACCGGCGAAUGCUCUUCCAAGUUUGUUCAGACCCUAAUCAAUUCCAUCAUGGCAUUCAUCUACACACUGGACGACGAUGAAAACUCUUUGCCACCUUUCAAUCGCACAGCGGUUCACGACGUGACCUUCCUCAGGGCCAAUCUUGCCGGUCUCCGUCUUUGGCUGAUAUCGGGAGGAACUGCCUACAUGCUGGAGCUUUCCGAAUCUGAUAUCUCAUUCAGCGACUGGGCCAACUUCAGCUUUGCAAAGACGUUGCGUGCCAGUGUCCCUCGGAUUGCUCUCGCAGCUGUGGAUUACAAAGGCGCUCUGCGACAUCACGAUCGAAGACCAGGCCCGGUAGAGACGUUUGCCUGUUUUGAGACCUCUCUUCGGAUCGGGACGCUGGACAAGACAGAUAACCUUGCGCAUACUCGCGCUUUGCAACAACAGCAUAUUCGCUAUCAUGACCAACGAACCCACCGUGCAGAUUGGGUGUUAGAUCCUGGUAAGCAUUACGCGUCGAAUCAUAGGAUACCUGACUGGGCCCGUGAUCCGCCAGCCAUGCCCGUGCCCUCAAUGCCCGAACCCAUCGGAAGAGUAGAGAAAACGACGUUCCCGGAAUCGAGGGACCGUAAUGGUCGGAGACGUGGUCCUGGACGACAAGCCUCCUUCAUAUCAGCAUCGUCGACUCCGUUUCGAAAAGGCUUAUCCGUCGAGUCUCGCGUACGGAAUCAGCUAGAUCAUGGCCCUGCAGGAUCCUGGCCACCGCCGUCAGACAAGUCUGGUCUAAGCCGUGAAGAUCUGAAUCGUCUUCGUUCCAGAGAUCGAGAUGUGCAUCAGGCAUUGGUGACAUUCUCCAGUCCAUGGUCCCCGCCGCACUUUACACUGCACGACGUUGAACCUAAUACCAAAAAUCUGCCCCGACUGCCUGACUUGGAUCCUGCUCAGUUCCCAUCCUUGACUCCGGCGGCCACCAAAGAUUCUGGAGCGAUACCAGACGAAUUCGAGGAAACGCCACAUAACGGCGUUGUCUUUAUGGUCCAGGAUGGUCUGACCGGGUUUUGCACCCCCUCUCUCUUUCUUUCAAUAGGAGAGUUGAUCCGAGAAUUGAAUGAAGAUCAUCCAGUCGACCAGCUAGACAAAGUGCAAAUUACGGUAAUGAAGCGAAUACUAGAAACUCACAAGCACGACGAUAAAGGACACGUUGUGGACUUCGCUGUCCAGCUGCCCUAUGCACAUAUUCGGCUGAUUAAUGGCCUACAAGGAGAAGGCGAGAGCGAUACACCAGUUCCGAGGGAAGACCAAUACGACGUGAAACUAAGGAGCUCACAGUUGUUCUACCGCCUCUUACAUCCAAAGACCAGUGCAAGGCUGGAGCCCACCCCCCCACACAGUCAGCUGGCAUAUGGUUCGAUUGAAAAUCUCUCCGUGUCUGUAAGGGACGAUAGCUUCGCAACCGAGAGAGCUUCUGCUCAGACCGCAGUAUCGCUCGCGAACGUGGGAUUCUGGUUCUGCAUGAAAGAAGAUAUCAAUUCAAAAUUACAGCUGAGCAACUUCGACGUGGUCUUGUGGGCGGAUCAACUAAACAGCAUGGCAGGGCUGAUUCAGAGGACAGUGUCAAUGGUCGAUCGCAUUGUCGAUGCAUUCGAAGGGCUUGACCAGAGCUAUAAAUCAAGGCACUUGAUCUAUCAUCUAACCCAAGCAGGCAACGCAAUCUCGGAUCCUAUCUUUCUGACAAGGCCCUCAUAUGUGCUCAGAAGCGCGGAUAAACAUGUCCGUCUGAGCGACUCCUGGAAGAUCAUUUCGAGGCUCAGAUACAUAUUCUCCACUCUCGAGAAAGAACACGGACGAGACUUCAUCGAAAAGUGCGGCUGUGAAGAUCUCGAGCUGAAAGAUCCAGCCAAACUCCAGGUGCUUUCUUCUUUUGAGGAGUGGCGAGGCUGGGAUUAUGCACGAGAUAAAGUGCCCAUCAUGAGCUCACUUUUCGAAUGCGGCCAUGUCCAAGCGUCGGAAGCAUUCGACAACAAGCUCGUUGUACAGACGGAAAUCAUCGUGGGAAAAUUUGAAAUUAUCUUGGAUCCCGGCCCUCGUCAGAGUGAUCUUGCUCUACUCGGCCUCGACUUCAACGUCAUCCUGCGCCCUGCAGGUACCUCCGGGAUCGGCAGCAACGCGCGGAGAAUCAUCCUUCAAGCCUACACUGCAGACACAUCUCUCCAUCUCAAUUGGGCCCUGGUUGAACUCGCACGUCAGGUCAUUGAACUGGGUAACCCUCUGGCACUGAGAACACAAAACACCCAUAAUUCCAUCGAAAAGACAGCGCAAAACCUGUCUGCAAAGAGAAACCACUUUACAGUUAUGGUGGGAGCGGAUGCAGCCUCCGUUUACCUCACCACCAUCAACCUCAAGCUCAAAUGGGCGGCCGAAAGCUUUCGAAGCGGCGUUUCUUUCUCCAACGGCGGUUCACAGCCUACGAUUUCCUCCUUUACGAUUGCAGCAUACACAGCAAUGGCCAAGUUCAGAGGUCAUUCCCACACCUUGAUGAUGUGGCGACUCCGCAUGCCAAAGCUCUAUGGGUCGGUGUGGCCACAGCCGCCCGCCAGCUCUGGAGAUCAAAAGAUGGUUGUUCAGCUCUGUGCAGCCUCGCACAAGUUUCGGUUUCAGAUGAAGGAAGAUAUCGUCAAGCUGCUUGUAGUCGCCGACUCUGUUGUCCGCGAAGAAGUCGCGACAAUUGUCGAUCUGGUCCACCAGGUUCCCAGCGCAAGCGGCAACAAAGUCCAAAAGGUCUCAAGCUCCAACGAUGCUCUCAAUCUUGAUCUACGCGUGGCCAUGUUUUUGGACGACUACAGGUUGAAUUUUGUGAUUGUUCCAUCGCUGCACUAUGCAAUUGCUGGGAACGUGGCCCGUACAUCAAUCAUCCCACGGCGAAAUGGAGGGUUGGACGUCAAUUUCGACAUUAAAGAGCACGAGCAUUUGUUUGAAGUACCGCAGGAUGCGUCUCGGGGCAAUUUGUCUCUCUUGAAGAUGCCGCCAAUCAAUGGGCGACUAUCCGUGGCUCAGACAGAUGCCCUUGUUUCCGUCCGGGCGCGCAUGACCGUCGAACAAAUCAAUCUGGAAGCCUCGGGCGUACGAGCUUGCUUCGAUGCGCUGAACCAGCCUGGCGUGAUCCACCUAAUACUAGAUGCCAGGAGAGCCAUGCAGCAACUGCAAGAGUCAAUUGAUCACGUAACGGGUGGAAAAUCCAAACCCAAGGUGGAAGAACCAGCUGACGCGACUCUUUUGCUUCGUUACGCAAUUCACGGAACCCUGGCAGGGAUCAGGAUUCACUUUAGUGCUCCGUCUGUCAGGGAAGACCAGGACUACCGGGCCGACAUGGAGUUCGGGCUUCAAGGGACGACAUUACACAUCCAUAACGAGGCAGAGAAUCCAGACUCGAUCCAUGAACGGCCACAAUUUAUCCUCAACUCUCAGGGCGUCGGCGUUGGACUCUAUCGCAGUACAAGAUACGAGCGAACCAAUUUUGGAUCCUGUACCAUAGGCCUGAAAGCCUCUGGAAAGACCGAGACAGUCGGAAAUUCGGGGACUGUCCAGGUUUAUAGGGCUUGGAGCGAUGGAAUUGCCGUUGAGCUUUUCGAGGAGAGUGCUACCCUGGCGGUCGACAUUAUUGCAUUUUUGCAAGAUCGGAUCAAGUCUCUCAAACUCGCUGAUGAUGGAGAGAACAUCCAACAUAUCCGGAGGAUGACUACUGCCGGUAUCGCAGACCGGCUGAAGCCCAGAGAAGCUACGGAUGUGGCCAGUGAAGCAGCUGAGAGCAUCGACGGCGCAUCAACUAUCCUGUAUGCGUCAACCUACGCUCUUGAUCUUGAGGAUAUUAUGAUCCGAUGGAACUUGACGCGAAGUCCUGGGUUAUCAGCCUCCCGUGAGAUGGAAGACCUGGUUUUCUCGAUCCGAAAGGUUGAUCUCAAGACCCGGCAAGAGGGCACCGCUCGAUUAUCGAUAUUGGACACGCAGUUACAAAUUGUCCCACAGUCACAGUCGAAGAGCCCUGUCGCACGGACAGCCAACUCUGCACUACUACCGGAAGUGGUCUUUGCCACAGCCUACCUCUCCACGAAGCAUGAACGACGCUUUGCAUUCCAAGCAAAGGGGAAGGCCCUGGACCUCCGGCUUGCUUCCGACUUCGUGAUUCCAGGUCACGCCUUACAAAAAUCCCUUGGCAAUGCCAGCGCGGAGUUACGCAGAGCGAAGAGUUUCCGUGAGACCAGUCCGGCAACACCCCAAGCCUCUCAGAUAGAUCUGUUGGGUGGGAAGCGACUGGCAUCGCUCCUAGUUGACGCCGAUUUUGCCGGGGCUGUAGUCCAUAUCAGUCCUCGCACCGAAGCCGAACACAAGAGCUCUGUGUUUGGGUUCUUGAAAGGGAAGAAACGAUCUCGAGCGGGCCGAUAUGGUCAAGCAGUUCAAGGAGAGGACGUUUCGUCGGCCGUGUUGAAAGCACCUGGUGUUGCUCUCAAAGUCGAGUACAAAGACGACAACAAAGACGAUCCAUCCCUUAGCACCGAGGUCAGAGUCGCGGCGUCUUCGAAUACUCUUUACCCUACCGUGGUGCCUUUGAUACAAGAGAUAUCAGCCAGUAUCAAAGAGAUUAUGGGCGACGAUCAGCCUGGGGACACUGAGCCUAGCGCAUCGCCAGAUACUCGCAGCUACCUCUCUGAUGCGACUCUCAGCAACUCGAACCCGAGUGCCAUUUUUGGUCGCUGCAAGUUGAAUGCUGGACUUUAUAUACAGCCACAGCAGUUCAGCUUGAGCUGUCAACCUAUUGCAAGAGUGGCGGCCACAGCCAGAUUUGCAGAUAUAUUCGUCAGGGUCAAUACGGUAUCUGCCCCUGACCAAGAACGGUUCUUUGCGAUUCAGACGACGUUCAAUAAGCUUGCGGCUUCCGUCCAACACGUUUACUCCCGAGAAUCAACCGCCAGCUUUGAAGUGGAUUCCAUCGUCAUGUCACUGAUGAACAGCAAGCAUGUGAGUGCUACGACCGGAGUCUCAGUGGUUCUCAAUAUCAGUCCUAUGAAGACGGACAUCAAUGCAAAGCAGCUUCAAGACUUUCUUCUCUUCCGUGAAAUCUGGUAUCCUCCAGAGCUUCGCACCAAGUCAAAACCAGCUGCGCCUGUUGCAUCUCCGCUAGAUCAACAGGCCUAUGCAAUGCAACGCUAUCAGGAGUUGUCUGGAAAGGGCACCUUACCAUGGCAUGCCAUAGCGUCUGUGCAAGAAGUCCAGCUCCAAGUCGACCUUGGCCAAGGGCUCGGCAAAUCAGUCUUCACCAUCUCCAAGCUCUGGGCUUCGUCGAGAAAGAACAGCGAUUCCGAGCAAAAUUUGUGCAUAGGGUUCGACAGAGUCGGGGUCGAUAGCACAGGGCGGAUGAGCGGGUUUAUUGAGCUGGAAAACAUGCGAGCACGGACGUCAAUCAAAUGGCCAGAAGAUGCAACGGCAAAGAGACGUGCUCCUCUUGUCCAAGCUUCUAUCGGGUUCGAACAUUUCCGAGUGAAGGCUGCCUUCGAUUACCAGCCCUUCGCAGUAGCCGAUAUCUCUUUCUUCGAAUUUUUGAUGUACAAUGUGAGGCAGGGUCUUGGGAACGACAGCGAUCGGCUGGUCGGGCUCGUCGACGGAGGCAAAGUCCAAGUCUUUUGUACCACGGCGACUGCGGCUCAAGGGCUAGCUCUCGUGCAAGCAUUCGAACGAUUGAUGCAGGAAAAACAUGAAGCAUACGAGACGUCACUCCAGGAUUUGGAUAAGUUCCUUCGAAGGAAAUCGAUGUUCCCAUCCAGCACUUGGACAACUCCAGCUCCAGCCAGGGAACGCAAAGAGAAAGCUGUUGCAAAAGGCACGUUCGCGCUGCACACAGACGUCGUUUUGACAUUGGGCGCUCUCGAUGCGGGUGUCUUCCCAAACACGUUCUUCGACAAUCAGAUUCUCAAGGUCGAGGCAACCGACGUGCAGGCAAGGUUUGCGGUGGCUACGACGGAAGGCAAAACUCACAGUGCCCUAGGAAUGACGCUAGGACAACUCAGAGUCGCCCUGUCGAGCGUCAAUCGGGCCACCACAAAGGCCCUGAGCGAGGUCUCGGUCCCCGAUGUCAUUGACAGGGCCACCACCUCUCGCGGCGGGACGAUCGUCAAAGUGCCUCGUCUCGUGUCCGCCAUGCAGACGUGGCAGGUCGCGGACUCCAACACGAUUGAAUACACCUUCCGGAGCACCUUCGAAGGCAAAGUCGACGUUGGAUGGAACUAUGCGCGAAUCAGUUUCAUCCGGGGCAUGUGGCAGGCCCAUUCCCGUGCUCUGGCCCAGCGCUUAGGGAAGCCGCUACCUCCAUCUGCCAUCAAGGUCACAGCGGAGCCGUCCCAAGAGGGUGAAAACGGGCGCCAGGAGAAGAUCACGGCGGUUGUCAAUGUCCCGCUGAGUAAAUUCACCUAUGUAGCGCUUGAGCCGCCGGUUAUUGAUACGCCACAGCUGCGGGACAUGGGCGAGGCGACGCCGCCGCUGGAGUGGAUCGGGCUGCACAGGGACAAGCUGCCAGAGGCAACGCACAGCAUUGCAAUUGUGAGUCUGUUGGAGAUUGCGAGGGAGGUGGAGGAUGCAUACACCAGGAUCUUGGGGGCGAGCUGAUCUCCUUUUUCUCUAUUUCCUUGUUUGGAUCCUACUUGGUAGGCAGGCAUAGCGACGGCGUUAGUGGAUUGGGGCAUCGGUUCGGCCAUUGCUCGGGAAAAGCACGGGAAUUGAUAGUUACGAGUACACACUUACUGUACCACGGGCACUCAUUGAUUACAAACCCCUUUUUUUGUUGUAGAUGUGCUCAGUGAUCCAGAUGUCC